UAUCAUUUAAAAUGAAUCUUCAAUUAAUUUCUUAUCAAUUGUUACUUUACACUUUGAUAUUUUUAUUCAAUGAAUAUGGUGUAACUAAUGCUCAAACAUUAAGAAUAUGCGUAGUCGAAAGUACGUAUAAAAAGGGAAUGAUUAACAAAACAUGUCCGAUAAUGGACAUUCCUCGAUUUGAAUGUUCCGUAGCGAGAGACAGGUUUGAUUGUUUACGAAAAUUAGCGAAUAACGAAGCCGAUGUAGCGUCAUUGCAAGCGGAAGAUUUAUUAGCAGUAUCUAUGAACAAAUUUGAUUUUUUAACUACCUUCGAAUUAAGAUUAUUUACCAAGGAGAAAUAUGAAUUCGAAAUGGUAGCGUUAGUACGAAAAAAUAUUGAUAGCGAAUGGGAUCUCAAAGGGAAAAGAUUUUGUCAUCCUGGAUUUGAAAUUUCUGAUACUUAUACUAAAUCCCUUUCGAUGUAUUUUGAAAAUCGAAUUAUACCUAAAGAAUGCGAUCCAGAGAAAACAUUGUUAGAAAAUAGAUUAACAGCAUUGUCUAAUUAUUUUGAAGCAGCUUGCAUAGCUGGUCCAUGGAUAGAUGAUGCUGCAUUAGAUAAAAAAUUAAAAAAGAAAUACAAAAACCUAUGUUCACUUUGUUACAAUCCUGCCAGUUGUUCCAUAGGUGAUAAAUAUCAUGGAAGAGAUGGAGCUAUAUUAUGUUUAACUGAUAACGUUGGAGACAUUGCAUGGGUUAGAUUAGAUGAUGUUGUACAAUAUUUCAAGAUGACCGAAUCUAACAAAGACGAUUAUUCGUAUCUUUGUCCGGAUGGUAUGACAAGACCAGCAAAAGAUGAUAAUCCAUGUAUUUGGUUACAACAACCUUGGCCCGUUAUCGUUAGUCCAAUUAAAAUAGCGGAAACAGCUGUUGAUAUGAUCAAUUUAACGAUCAAUCGGAGUUACUUAUGGAAAAAUGCUUUUUAUGAUGUAUUAUCGUUUCACUCAACAUUCAUUUUAACAGAGACAUUCUACUCACCUAUUGAUUACUUGGAACGAAGUAUUGGUUUCUUGAGUGCCAACGAUCGUGCAACUUGUAAACCUUCGAGACGCGUUAGUUGGUGCAUUUCUUCAAAUAUUGAAGACAGGAAGUGUCGAUGGUUAAGAGAUGCAUCCUUUGUAUAUGGUAUCGAACCUUCUAUAUCAUGUAUUCAAGAAUCAAAUAGAAUGUCUUGUCUCGAUGCAGUAAGAAAUCAGGAAGCUGACAUCUUUGUUAGCAAACCCGAAGAACUUCUUCAAGUUUUCAAAAAAGAAAUGAAACCUAUUUUGCAAGUAACAACCAAUCCAGAGUACGAUAUUAAAAUUGUUGCAAUCGUUAAAAGGAAUUCUUUAUAUAAAAGUAUAAAGGAUUUAAAAGGAGCUAAUGCUUGUUUUACGGGAUAUCAAAGCAUAGGUUGGAAUACUUUUGUAACCAUUAUGAAAAUGAUAUCAAAAGAGAAUGGGGACUGUUCGGAUAUCAAAGCUGUUGGCAAUUUCUUUAGUCACAGCUGUGUACCUGGAUUAUCUACUAUGAAAACAGAUAUUCCACGUAAUUUGUAUUCCUUGUGUAGAAGAGAUGUAAAUGUUGAAAACGAUAUCGAUACAUUUUCUUGUCUAACAUCAGGUCGGGCUGAUGUGGUUUUCGUAAAUUUAAAUAAUAUCAAAAAAGAAUUUAAUAUAACAAAUUUAGGAAAUGAAAAGUAUAAAAUUUUGUGUAAAGAAGAAACAACACAAAAGGAGACAGAAGAAGCGUGUUUAUUAACAAGGAUUACAUCGACCGCGAUAGUUGCGCAUCAAAAUAUUACCGAUUUGAGACGUGAUGAAAUUUAUUCGAUGUUUCUCCAUAUGAAUCAACUCUUUGGAACAACAACUACACGAUAUACUAGAGCUUUUUCUUUGUAUGGCCCAUACGAUGGUGUAGAAAACGUAAUCUUUCCAGUAAGUACUUGUUUAAUCAUUCUAUGUAGAUUUUUCGCACAUACAAUCAAGUGGACGACUCAAAUUAGUUAUUUGUUCACAAAAUUUAUCACAUUCUUCACAUCCAUAAUAAAUAUAACCAUUUCGACAACAAGCCCAUGGAAAAUGUACGGACUUAAAUGAAACCGAAGGCUCACCUUUCUUGUUCAACGCAAUAACACCUAUUUGAGAUUCACCUGUCUCACUUUGAAACUUUUCUAAUUCCUCGUUUAUGUCUAACAUCAUUGUUGUCUUUGAAUUAAAUCUUCGAACAAUUUUACGAGCUGGUGCAUAGCAAUACAACGUUUUACUAUUUCCAGAAACAGAACAACAACCAUUUUCAUCCGCGUAAAUUCCACAACCAAUGACGGUACCAAUCGCGUUUAAACUUCGUAUCACUUUCAUGGGUUCUUCCAUUGUGGAAAUUCCACUUGACAAACGUUUCUUUCGAUCGUAAGCAACUGCACCCACUGUUCUAGCCUUUAUCGUAAUUAAGUUUCAAUUGUACAUUAAUUUCUCUUAUAAUAUUGGCUACUUGUACAAACCUCGUGAAACGAUACAAUGCUAUCUGAUUCUUUUAAUUCUUCAUUUCCUUCUGUUUCUAAAAAUUGACAUUGUGGAAAGUACAUUUUAAUAGUCGAUAUUUCAUUCUCUUUACAUUUAAUAUCAUCAGAUUCAUUAACUUCCUUUUCUUUGUUAAUGGUAGAGUUAUCAGUACUGUAACUUAAAUCACAAUGUUCUUCUUCAGAAAUCAUUUCAUCAGCGGAAAAUAUUGUAUCGUCACUUGGUGCUAAUUGUCUCAUCAAAUAUUUUUGCGGUAACUUUGAAAGU